AUGCAAGGAUUAAACAAUUAAAACUAAAAUCCUAUAGUGAGACCUAAAACAUUAAUUUGUUAUAUUUGUGGACGAGAGUAUUAUAAAUUACUAAUUUAGAUAUGGAACAAAAAGUUUAGAAAUACAUCUUAAGACUUGUCAAGAAAAGUUUCUUAUGGAAGAAGCAAAAGUACAGUUACAUUAUACAUUUUUUUCAAUUAGAAACCUAAAAAUUAGAGAAGACCAUUACCAUAACCUCCAAAAGCUAUAGGCGGUAGUGGAAAUUAUGAUACAGAAUCAUAUAACGAUUAAGCAUUUCAUGCAUAUAAAGAAUAGAGUCUUGAGAAAUGUGCAUAUUGUGGCAGAACGUAAUAGAAUUUCAGUUAUCCCUAGUUUCAAUAGAGAAAGCUAUCCUAUUCAUUUAAAAAUGUGCAAGGCUGAUAAACCAUUUAAACCUCUACCUGGAUUUGUUUAAAACCCUAAAGAAGUCCAGUAACAAAUUAAUCGAGAUAAUGGAGGAACUUAAUAAGGAAAAUCAAAUUCUAAUGGUUAUUCAGGAGAGUAUAAGGCUCCUGUAAGACCAAAGACUUUGGUAUGCUACAUUUGUGGUAGAGAAUAUGGUACUAAAUCUUUGGGAAUCCAUAUACCAUAAUGCAAAGAAAUGUUUAUUGUGUAGGAAAUGAAGAAACCAAAAGCUGAAAGAAGGAAUCCUCCCACAACUCCAAGAGGCUUAUGGGAUUUAUUAAAUAAAGAAGAUAUUACUACAGAAGACAUUAUGGCCUAUAAUAAUGGAGUAAUUAAAUGUGUUCUAAAAUAUAAAGGCUUUUAACAAAUACAACAAAGAAGCCUUAGUAGCAUGUAAGAACUGUGGUAGAACAUUCAAACCUGAGGCUUUGGAGCAUCAUAUAAAGGCUUGUACUGUGGAUAACCCUUUUAAAGCAUUAGAUGCUGUUGAGGAGGGAGGUACAGUUGAAUUAGUUCCUUGUAAGAAAUGUGGAAGGAAAUUCUUACCAUCUAGAGUUGAAAAACAUGAAAGCAAUUGUAAAGAUAUAAAGGGAGCAGCAUAAACAUAAGCAAAUGGUUUUUAGAAAUAAUAAGAAUAAAAAUAAGAAUAAAAAUAGAUCUUAGAAACUCCAUAAUAAAAUCAAAAAUAAUAAACAAAAUAAGUUUAAAAAUAAUAAAGUUUUUCAAAAACAUCAGUCAAUUUUAAUGAUAAAAGUUUGAAAUGUAAAUAAAUUUAUUUUAUAUUAAGGUUAUAAAUGUUUUUAAGAUUGCAAUAAUAUUUAAGAUUUAAAAUAACAUGUGUUAAAUUGUAAAAAUGAAGGUACAAAACCUUAGAUCUAUGAUGAUUUGAUAUAAAUUCCAAAUCCAUCAUAAGCACUCUAAACAAUUUAUAUGAGUUCUGUUUUUGAAAAUUUUUAAUAAAAAGAUAACAAUUUAACUACCCCAGAAUAAUAAAAAUCAUAACCUAAAUAAUAAUCUUAACCUUAAAAAUAGUAAUCAAUAUAAUAAUAAAAUAAUAAUCAUUUUUCUGAUGAAGAUUAAGAGGAUAAAGAAGAUGAAAUUGAUUUAAUAACAUGUGAAAAAUGUGAAAGGAGAUUUGCUUAAGAUAGAAUAAAGAAGCAUCAAAAAGUUUGCAAAGGCAAAUAAUAUUUUGAAAAAAAAGAACAUAAAGUUGAAGUUUAAAAGGCUCCAGAAACUGGAUGGAGAAAAUAUCAUGAAGAAUUUAUUAAUACUAUAAAAUAUAACAGAUAAUUGAAGAAAAUAUAAGAAGAAGGAGGUGAUAUUAAAUAAUUAGGACCUCCUCCUGUAUCAUUAAAUAGCAAUUAUAUUCAAUGUCCUUAUUGCUAAAGAAAGUUUGAUCCAAGUAAAGCUGAUAAACACAUUUCAAUUUGUUAGAAUGUCGUUAAUAAACCUAAAACUAUCCAAGAAAAGAAAUAAAAUCCAUUGCAUUCAUAGUAACCAUAGCAACCAAUUUUCUAAUUAUAAUAAUAAUAACAACCUCAAUAGAAUUUUAAACAAUAAUAAAAAGUAUAAUAAACAAAUUAACAACAACAAAACACAUAAAAUCCAAAAUAUGGAAGAGUAUUUUAAAUAAAUGAUGAACCUUCAUAACCAAAAGUUCAAUCAUAAUAAAUGAAUGUAUAAUAAUCUAAAUCAUCAUAGUAAAGAUAAUCAAUUUCUUCAUAAAAAACUCCAUAAAUUACUUAAAAAGCAACAAGUCAAUAAUAAUCAUUACUAUCACCACCUUAAACUACAAAUUAGUUUAGAAUAAGAUCACCAUAAACAACAUAAAAAACGUAAUAAGUGAAAUAAUCUCAAAAUUCUACUAAAAUUGAAAACAAUAUAUUCCGACCACCAACAUCUGGUAGAACAUAAGAGUUAACAAAACCUAAUUCUUAAUUGUAAUUAAAACCAAUUAGUUAAAAUUAGAAUAUGUUUAGAAAAUUUUGA